GUGUAGGUCGCAGAUGUGGCUCAGAUCUGAUGUUGCUAUGGCUGUGGUGUAGGCUGGCAGCUGUAGCUCCACUUCGACCCCAGCCUCCAUAUGCCACGCGUGUGGCCUUAAAACAACAACAACAAAAAAACAAAGAAUAAUUUAUCUGCUGUGCAAAUUCAGAUUUCCAUAGGUCAGUUUUGCCUAAAGGGCCAAACACCUGCUUACUGGUGCUGGCGUGUCCUCCUGAACAGAAAUGAUAGCAAGGUCUGGCAGACAGCAUCUUGGAGAGACCAGAGUUCAAGGCUGGGAGACAAGGGCACCGAUGCCUUGGUGCCAUGAUGGAAGCUCCAGGGCAGGGUCCCAGGGCUAUUCCAACCUCUCUCUGCGGUUUUUCUGACAACUUCCUUGUGAUCUGUUCCUCCUUUUACUCCAAGGAGAGUUAAGCCCUGUGGAUGCCAAGUUCAAAUAGCUAUAAAAGUGGGUACAUUUUAACUGGCACAAGCAGAAGCCACUUCCUCUCAUGGAGCUAGGCAGUUUGGUGGUUACUGCUGGUUUAGGAGCUGGAUCCUCCACUCUCCAAGUUCCUUGGCAGCCCUGGAUGAGCAGUGGUGGGGCUGUGGGCCUUGCCCCAGACUAGGUGGUUACUGGGGCACCCACAGGCCAAGCAGGAGCCCUGUUCCUCCUUCCCAGCUCUCCCCACCACUCCUUCCAGAAACCCAUUCUGGAACACCAAGUUCUGUGCAAGGCUGUGCUAAGCCCAGGUGGGGCAGGCGGCCAAAGCAAAGCUCUCAGGCUGUCCCCUUGGUGCGCUCACCUCUCCAGGGUGCCCUGAAAGUAUUUAUCUGACCACACACCCCUCCUUCACUCCCCAAGUGGGAGCUGCACUAGAUCUCACCGGGAUUCUCUUGCUACUUGAGCUCAGCCCGAGGGACAGAGCUGGCACCGUGGGAUCUGCUUCCUGGGCGAAGCAGUGGGAAGGAAUUGAUGGGGCAUGUGCUCUGGGCAAGGGGACGGGGAUAUGGAGGGACAGGGGACCACAGCCACAAGGGAGCCACAGAUGUAGGCGCACAGCUCGUUCCACGUCUAGAAAGCCCCACAGCGCCAUGACCGAAGUUGGUUGGUGGAAGCUGACCUUCCUCCGGAAAAAGAAAUCCACCCCCAAGGUGUUGUAUGAGAUCCCUGACACCUACGCCCAGAGCGAGGGCGGUGCGGAGCCCCCGAGGCCGGACAGCGGGAGCCCAGACAGCGAGUUUAACACCCGCCUGGAGAAGAUUGUGGACAAGAACACGAAGGGCAAGCACGUCAAAGUCUCCAAUUCGGGCCGCUUCAAAGAGAAGAAAAAAAUCCGGGCCACGCUGGCGGAGAACCCCAGCCUCUUUGAUGACAGGGAGGGCAAAGGACAGUGAAGGGGACCAAGGAGGAUGCUAGGCACCUCCUGGCUCGCUGCCGUCAGCUGGCUCUGAGACGGGAGCUUGCCACGCUGGCCUCUUUGGCCACAGCUGAAGCCGUGGGGGUAGGUGAUGCCUGCUGGCAGGAAAGGUCUGGUUUUAGGUUGGUAUUUAUGUGCUCCUGUGUUCUGGAAGGCCUGAGAGAUCCCAGGCCUUCCCACCCUCCCCCGCCACACACAAAGGCCCUCCAGCUCAAGGAUGGAAAGUCCUGGAAGCAGGGGCAGUGCCGGCAGGGUGGUGGGUAUGACAAGGAAUGGAGAGAGGGAGCCGGAUCGAUCUCACCUCCUCCUGGGUAUGGGGUCAAGGGUGAGUGUGAACUGCUGCUCCCUCUACUUUCUCUACCUGUGAUUGUUCCCCGGACCAGUUCUGAGAGUGUAGUUUCCAGAAGUCACGUGACGGUGGGUGGUUUCCGGGAGUUGAGCCCAGAGAUGCUGAACUCGAGCUCACCUCCUAAGGCGAGUGGGACACUUCCUGGAACUUUGCCCCCAAGGUGUGCAGGAGGAGGGGGACCCUGGUACUCCAAGGGGGUGCUGCCAAAGGCCAGAUUAGGGACCCCACAGGUUCCUGCACACCUUCAAAGGGAAGCUACAUUUCCCCCACCGGCCCAAACUCGAAAAGAGGGUGGAGAAGCUUUAAAAGCAACCAGUUCUGUGUCCUCCUCUCCCUGCUAAUAUUUAAGAAUGGAUCAGCCCCAGAGAUAAGUCCUGGAGCCUUGAAUUUUGCUUAAAAAAAAAUGAUAGGUUUCUCUUUUUGUAAUAAACAAUGCUGCAAAAGCAGAGAACCUA